UGUUCCAGGUCGACUCAUUUCAUCUCACAGAGCUGGAAACUCGAUGCAGACUCAUAAUGUGUCGUAAUGCAGUGACACCGUUUAGCUCGUGGUGAUGAUGAUGAUGAUGAGGAAAUUACAGGACAACUUUUUGGAUGUAAACGAAAAGAGAAGUGAUGAUACAACUGUGAUGCUUUGGUGCAGAUUUAACUUGGGGAGUCAUUGAUGCACGACCAUCUUCAUCCUCCUCCCUGUGAACUCUGCAUGCUGUGAGUCUUGAGAUGCCUCUACAGCACCGUGCCUUUUUCUCCUCACUUCGAACAUGGAAGCAGAUACCAGAAACAUCUCCUGACAGCCACCCAUCAUCCUCCUCUUCCUCACUUCCUCUUCCUCCUUCACCCCAUUGGUUCCUCCUGGUUCUCCUGGCCUCCCUGUGUUUACUGCACUGCCCAGCUGAGGCGGCCUGGUAUCGGAUCGGGGUGGUGGGACCAUGGGGGUGCGACCCUCUCUUUGCCAAGGCUCUUCCCAGUGUGGCUGCACAGCUCGCCGUCAAUCGCAUCAACAAAGAUCCUUCGUUGUCCUACGCUGUGACGUUCGACUACAAUGUCCUGCAGGAACCAUGUGAGACGUCGAGGGCUCUGGAGGCAUUUGUUGGUUUCCACACCAAGGCCUCAGGGUACAUCGGACCGGCAAACCCCGGCUACUGCGACGCUGCUUCAAUGCUGAGCAAAGGAUGGAACAAAGCAUUGUUUCCUUGGGGUUGUGUUGGCUAUGAGUUGGACGAUGUCCGGAGCCACCCGACCUUCGCCCGUUCCAUGGCAAGGCCCACCUGGGUGCUGAUCAGCAUCAUGAGCUAUUUCCGGUGGGCCCACGUUGGCAUCAUCUCGUCCUCAGAGGACAUCUGGAUGGAAACGGCUAUCAAGGUGGCCGACUCACUGAGGAGUCAUGGUAUGCCGGUCAGACUGGUCAGUUUUAUGGAGAACACACCUCAUGGCAUCAGACGAACUCUGGCAAAACUCCACAAGAUGAGAGAAAUACGAGUUGUGAUCCUCUGCAUGCACUCGGCUCUGAUCGGCGGUUCGGCCCAGAAGCUGCUGCUGGAGACGGCCUACGACAUGCAAAUGAUCGAUGGUUCGCUGGUGUUUGUGCCCUACGACACUCUGCUCUACAGCCUACCCUACCGCAAUGUCACCUACCCGGCUCUGAAGAGCAACAGCAAGCUGCUGCGAGCUUACGAUGCUGUCCUCACUGUCACCAUCGACUCCCCACAGCUGUCCUUCUAUGAGGCCUACAAAGAGGCCAUGGAGAGGGGAGAGGUGGCCAAGACACUGAAACCACAACAGGUGUCUCCUCUAUUUGGAACCAUCUACAACUCGGUUCUGUUCAUGGCUCACGCUGUGCAUCGUGUCCGGGAGGCCAGAGACUGGAUGUCUGGAGGAAACCUGGCCCGACAUACCCGGAACCUGGACUUCCAGGGCUUCAGCCACCUCGUGAAAACCAACAGCUCUGGAGCUGCUCUGCUGGAUUAUCUCAUACUGGACACAGACGGACUGUCCUGGCAGCUGAGGCCGACAUACAGGAUCGACAUGGAGGUCGGUAUGGUUCGAUUCCUGGGUCGAGACAUCCACUUUCCUGGAGGGUAUGGACCCAGGAAGGAUGCCUCCUGCUGGUUUACAGCUGGAGUUAUCUGCUCAGGAGGUGUGGAUCUGUUCUUGACCAUCAGCAUGUUUCUCGGGGCGAUCGCUGCCUCUGUUGUUGCCGUAGCUCUUCUUUAUUGCAUCAGGCGACACAUUAAUAAGAUUCGAUUGCUCCGAGGUCCCAACAAAAUCCUGCUGACUCUGGCUGAUGUCACAUUCAUUAACCCGUCGCUAAGCAACAAGAAGCUGAGUCUGGAUGACAGCAGGGCCAGCGGCAUGAAGAGUGUUUCUGAACACAGCGUCGCUUCGCCAAUCUCAGCCCAAUCACCGGCCACAUACGAAAACUCAAAUGUCGUCAUUUUUGAGGGCGACUGGGCGUGGCUUAAGAGACUUCCUGAUGGGACGUUUAGCAGCAUCAACCCCAAAACCAGCAAUGUAUUUGAACUGAUGAAGGACAUGCGUCAUGAGAACGUCAACCCUUUCUUGGGUUUCUUUCAUGACUGUGGUGUAUUCGCCAUUGUGACUGAGUUCUGCUCCAGAGGUAGCCUGGAGGAUCUGCUGCUUAACGAAGACGUGAAACUGGACUGGAUGUUCAAGUCAUCUCUGCUGCUGGAUCUUAUUAAGGGUAUGAAGUACCUCCAUCACCGCGAAGUGAGUCACACCCGCCUGAAGUCCCGUAACUGUGUGGUGGAUGGACGAUUUGUCCUGAAGGUCACUGACUAUGGAUACAAUGAGGUCCUAGAGGCUCAGAGAUUCCCCUUCAUUGAACCACGUCCAGAUGAGCUACUGUGGACGGCUCCAGAGAUCCUGAGGUCUGGCCAGCCGGGGCUCCAUGGGACUCUACCUGGUGACGUCUACAGCUUUGCCAUCAUCAUGCAGGAGGUGGUGAUGAGAGGGCCUCCGUUCUGCAUGUUGGAUCUGUCAGAUGCAGAGAUCAUAGAGAAGCUGCGUAAGCCUCCUCCUCUGUGUCGCCCGGUGGUCAGUCCGGACUACGCUCCAUUAGAGUGCCUCCAGCUGAUGAAACAGUGCUGGAACGAACAGCCGGACAAGAGGCCAACCUUUGACGACAUCUUUGACCAGUUCAAGAAUAUCAACAAGGGAAAGAAGACCAACAUCAUUGAUUCCAUGCUGAGGAUGCUGGAGCAGUACUCGUCCAACCUGGAGGAGCUGAUCAGGGAGCGAACAGAAGAACUGGAGAUCGAGAAACAGAAGACGGAGAAGCUGCUGACACAGAUGCUGCCUCCGUCCGUGGCUGAGGCCUUGAAGGUGGGCGGUGCAGUUGAACCAGAACAUUUUGAUCACGUCUCGCUCUAUUUCAGCGACAUCGUUGGCUUUACCACCAUCUCAGCCAACAGCGAACCCAUCGAAGUGGUUGACCUCCUCAAUGACCUCUACACGAUUUUCGAUGCCAUCAUAGGAAACCAUGACGUCUACAAGGUGGAGACGAUUGGUGACGCCUAUAUGGUGGCAUCAGGAGUUCCCGUCCACAACGGCAACCGUCACGCGGCAGAGAUCGCCAACAUGGCUCUGGACAUCCUGAGCGCAGUGGGAACCUUUAAAAUGAGACACAUGCCUGACGUUCCAGUUAGGAUACGAAUUGGUCUGCAUACAGGUCCAUGUGUAGCAGGUGUGGUUGGCCUCACUAUGCCUCGCUACUGUCUGUUUGGAGACACCGUGACCACGGCCUCUCGGAUGGAGUCCAGCGGGUUGCCCUACAGGAUCCACGUCCACCAGAGUACAGUGAAGGUCCUGCGGGAUUUAAAUCUGGGCUACAAACUGGAGCUGAGAGGAAGGACAGAAGUUCGGGGGAAAGGAACAGAGGAGACCUACUGGCUUGUAGGGAGAGAUGGAUUUACCAAACCUCUGCCUGUUCCUCCAGAAAUCAAGUCUGGCACUCGCAUCAGCAUCUCUACGAAUGCAUCAAAGGACGUGAAGCAGGCUUUUCACAAGGCCGUGAAGAAAAUCGCCCACGUUCGCAUCGUGACUCAACUCCACGCUGCCGAAGACGAAGACAACGUCAUGAUGACGCACCACUGACUCACUGGUAAUUCACAACUUUGCCUGAAACGGACUUAUCUUAACAAUAUCACGAACCUACGAGUACAAAAUUUCUAAGUUUUCACAGAACAGUCUUCCUGAUAUUUCCUUAAAAUCGCUGCCGGUCAUCCACUGAGAGGAGUUAACAGGAGAAUAACAAGGCCAGUGAAAGUGUUGGUUCAGAUUAACAGCAGCCACUGUGUGUUCUAGUGUGUGUGUUUCUACUGUGUGUGUGUUAGCAGCUUGAGCUAAGGAGAUGAAGUCCGAUGUGGAACGAUGUCUGGAGGCCAACGAAUGGUGACUCAGCAAAGCGGGGAUCUGCAGAAAGUGUCCAUCAGCAGCAGAGCAGCAGCUAAUCUGUCCUCCUUUAACUUCAGUGUUUGUCUGUCUGAAGGGAGGAACAGGAGAGUAGUAUUCGAUAAACACUAAAUGUUUAGGUAGGUAGUACUUGUGAGCAUUUUUAGCCUUCCCUGGAUAUCAAGGUGACGAGAAGAAGACGAAAUUGACACAAGACUGGAGGCAUUAGUUAAUUAAUUGUAACUAUUAACCGCAUUUUCUUUGCUUUUGUCCAUUUUCCCCAUAAAUUAAUUCAUUUGUUUAAAACGUCUGAAAAUAGUAGUCAUGAACAUCACUUUGGACACCUUUAACAAUUUAGGUCUUAUUUCUGGUAGUUCUUCCUUCCUGAUGACAUCACACACGUGGUAAUAGUGAAAGCUUUGAUUGGUUGAUUGGACACCAUAGGGUUUUUGUUUUCAGAGCUUCCUAACUAAAUGAAAUGGAAGUAACUAAGUAGCAGCCAUGAAAAGAGCUUCCUUUCUAAUCCACUCUGUCCUGGGACACACUGGUCCAAAUAGCAACAAACAUCAACAGCAUCUACCUUUGCAUGAUUUUCUUACCAUAGCAGUUGUCUUCUCCUGAGUUCUUUUAAAGUUUUCCUUCAAAUCUUUCCUCAACCCAAUGAAGUUUUCCAUAGUGGUUAAGGAAAGACUCAGGAUGUCAUUUUUUGGCUAUUUGACAGCAACUUAUGCUACCAUUAGGUGUUGGGUAAAGUUCAGCCAUUGUUGCGUUGGGGACCAGAAUUAGGUUUACUUUAACCCAGUUGAGUUCUAUAGUGACUCUCAACCAAUUGUUUCAUCGUUUGGUUGGACAUUCAGCAUCAUAAACCUCUCAGAUCACCAUGAUAUUCAAACCAGUGGAAGUUCCAAAACCAUCAAGAGUUCUCUAAUCUCUAGUCUAAUAUCUCUAAAGGCAACAUUCACUCCUCUGUUUGGACUCGAAUAAAUAAGAAAAAAGAUUCCACAACAAACCCUCUCUGUUAUUUUAUUGUAUCAUCACAAAAGCAUUAGUCAGAUGUAGUUCCGACAAACUUUAAUUUAGUCCGCUGUUGUGGUACAUACAGCAUCUUUUUGCACUACAACACAUUACAAUGGUGUGUUUAUUCAUGCUACAGUAACUCUUCAAGCAUUUAAUCUUUUUCAAAAUUUCAACAACUUUUCAGAGCUUCUAAUCUUGUUGAGUCACGGCAGUCAGAGAUCUGAACAAGUCGGACACCAAAACUGUACGUAGAUUAAUGGUGAAGGUUGCUUCUGUGUUACUUUCAUUGAAAUAUUGUACGACUGCAGGAGGUUUCAUCAUUGUUGGUAUACAAUGUACUUUUUCUUCCACAAUUCUCCAUCUGUGUUUUCUAUUUUGUAAAUAUUAUGAAUAUUUCUGUCAUUGAGCUUCAGAAUUUGUACUCAUAGUAGAAAGUUACACUGAAUAUACUGCACAUGAAACUUAACCACACUGUUAAUUUACUUUGAUUUUCCUGUCUUUAGCUGCAUUAAGACCUAAUUUUUCGAAACAAACCUGUCUGGCAAACAUUGCAAUAAAGUUUAUGAUGCUUGUAAAUAGUGA